AUAAAAGAGUGUCAUUCUAAGCAAAAACCCUUUUCUCCAGUUCAUUCGCAUGCCUCCUCAACCUCAGCAGUAAUCAUUCUUCGCUUUUUUUUUUUUUUUCCCUCUUCAUAUCUGUCCAGAGAAGUGAAUUCUCGGUCGCGAUUUCAACAAUUUUGAGGUGAAAUUUCGGCGAUAAAAGAAGAUGCCGGAUAUGCAGGCCCUCGUUAAUGAAUUCCUCGUGAAGCUUAAGAAACGUAAAAUCGAGGGUUCGCAGGCGACGGCGAAGCAGACGGCUGAAUUGAUUCGGUCGGUGAUAUCGCAGCAGCGAGUGCCGUAUUCGAAUCAAGCCGGCGCUUUGAUGGAUGCCGUCAAUGCUGUCGGAGAGCAGCUGAUUGCUGCCAAUCCUGUUGAGCUGGCUGUGGGUAAUAUUGUCAGACGUGUUUUGCACAUUAUUAGAGAAGAGUAUCUUUCUCUUACAACAGCAGCCGUGGCUGGCUUGAACUUAUUAUCCGUAAGUGAUGAUGAAGAUGAUACUGAGCACGAUGAUCAUCCAGUCCUAUCAGCUGCAGCUGUUGCUGCUGCUGCAAGGAGCACAUUGCGUCCCCCUUCGUUGCAGACCCUUCUCGAGGAUGUUCCUGAUGCAACGGCUAUUCCUCGUACUUCUUCAUCAGGGGGUGAUUCUGAAGGAAAAAGCAAAUCUGCUGAUAAAAGCUCAAGAACUCGGAAACUGAAGCAUGAUGUCAUCGAAGCAGUCAAUGAACUUAUUCAAGAUAUCAGCACUUGUCAUGAACAGAUUGCAGAGCAAGCAGUAGAGCACAUUCACCAGAAUGAGGUAAUAUUAACUUUAGGAAGUUCAAGAACAGUACUGGAAUUUCUUUGUGCAGCAAAGGAGAAAAAGAGAUCCUUUCGGGUAUUUGUUGCAGAAGGAGCUCCAAGGUAUCAGGGGCAUCUUCUUGCAAAAGAAUUGGUCUCGAGAGGCUUACAAACCACACUGAUAACUGAUUCAGCAGUUUUUGCCAUGAUAUCGCGAGUAAACAUGGUUAUAGUUGGUGCUCAUGCUGUCAUGGCCAAUGGUGGUGUUAUAGCCCCUGUUGGGUUGAAUAUGGUCGCACUCGCAGCUCAAAGGCAUGCUGUACCUUUUGUGGUGCUUGCUGGCAGUCACAAGUUGUGCCCUUUGUAUCCACACAAUCCUGAAGUCUUACUAAAUGAGCUGAGAUCCCCUUCUGAACUGCUGGAUUUUGGAGAAUUCUCAGAAUGCAUGGACUUCGGAAGUGGGACUGGUUCCCCUCUUCUACAUGUUGUCAACCCAACAUUUGAUUACGUACCGCCAAAGCUUGUUAGUUUAUUUAUUACUGACACAGGAGGGCAUAACCCAUCUUACAUGUACCGGCUGAUCGCCGACUAUUAUUCUGCUGAUGAUUUGGUAGUGCAACGGAGACCUGCUACAGGGAGUUGACUUUUGCUCCUACUUUGUGGUAUAUUCACUUAUAUGGAAGGAUAUGACAUCAUGACAUGCUUGCUUCAGAUGAAUGUCGAGCUACUUUGGUUAGAAUUGGAUGGCUACCAAAUCAAAAUUUGUUGGUACCUUCAUGAAUAUUUCUUUACAAUUUACAUUGCGGGGACGAAUCACGUAAAAACAUCGCAAUCCAGGGGUUUAGCAGAUCGAACCAGCAACUAAACUGUGCAAAAAGAAAUUGGCCAAUUUUGUGUUUGUGGCGAUUUAGGGAACUUAGAUGUGUACUGAUGAGCUGAAGCAGAGAGGAAGGUCUUUUUUUGCGGUUGCCGAAGAGCCUUCGCAGAGUGCUGUUUUCUAGAACAAAGCUGUGCAUAUUGCACAUAUAGAACAAAACUAUGCAUAUUGCACAUAUAGAACAGUGGAAACAUUUUUUGUAUUUGCUUACUGAUCUUGUUGCAUUUAACACUCAGUGUCUAUGUCUAUUAUUUAUGGACGGGUUUGAAUUUAGCUGAUUUUAUAUUUACUAUGAUGAAGUUUUCAAAUUUGUUUAGAUUUUUUUUUUUUUCAAAUUAUGGAAGAUAUGUG